AUGAGCAGUCUGUCGGAGUUGGACUUCUUCGCGUACAAUACGAAGUCGUUGAGGGCGGAGUUCGCCAUCUUCAACGGCAACUACAAGGUUGUGAGCCUUGUCGCUCUUCACUUUAACCUCAUGAGCAGCGGCAGGAUGAAGCCGUCCAUCGACAUGGACACAAUGGCCACCUUCGACCUGCAUGGGAGCGCCCAUGAAAUUGUCAAGACCCUCGCGCAGAGGGUGCUGCCGGGCGUUUUGUGCGUCUGUUUCUCCAUAUAUUUCACGACCAGCUUGUUUCGGGAGCUGAACCAGGCUUGGAGUCGGCAAGGGGUCUGGUGGCCCAGCAUUAGUUCCAGCGAGCAAGAAGGGCAGGCAGGUUCGAGGUUCUGGGUUCGGGACGGCUUAUUGCCUUCUUCAGCCUCCAGGGGCCGUGUUCAGACCCCAGGACAGUCAGACACGGAUCGGGGGUGA